AUGGCGGCCAUCGAAUCCCGCAUCCACGUCGAUACCCGAUACUUUCCAUCGGCAGAACUUGCAGUUCCCGCUCUGGCUGUACAGACCACGCGUCUCGUGGACACUUACAUGCUGUGGGUCGGCACAACCGAUGUCGAGCCAGAUCAGGCAGAGACUGCACCGCUGCAGGGUUGUCUUGCCAAGGACUGGGCUUGCGCCAUGCCGGUAAGACAGACGGUACGUCCAAGCACGCCCGCAGCGGCCACGCCGCUGUACCGCUCAUCAAGCUCGGAGGCCGCGUUAUCCAUGGCACAGCGUCUCGCUCGCCGCUUCAAGAAGCAGAUCUUUCUAUCAAUCGAUGUACCGCCGUCGUUGGGGUCGAUGGGGCAGGAGGGGAAGUUGCUGCUUGCGAUUGAGCGGGCAUUGGUGGAUAAUCUCAAGUCUCACGAGGCCGCAGGCGAUGCUUGA